AUGGACGCCUUAACGAAUCCAGGUCCACUUAAGGACAUUGUGCUUUAUGAUCAAGAGAAACAUGUUUCCUCUGCUGUUUGGGAUGGCCAGGAGCGAGGUGCGUUGAGGUGUCAUGAGCACACUUCAAAGCUGAGUGAGUGGAAGCUAAACGCAAAGCAGAUUCAACUGGUUGAGAGAGCCGGUUUCGGCUACUUGAGACGUAUCCCUGCCAUUAGUCUUGACAACCCUCUAAUCUCCGCGUUGGUCGAGCGAUGGAGAAGAGAGACCAACACAUUCCACUUCACCGUUGGGGAAAUGACUGUGACUCUCGAGGACAUUGCCCUGUUACUUGGAUUGGGGAUUGAUGGCAAACCUGUGAUUGGAGUAACGUACACUACUUGCUCUUCAGUAUGCGAGAGGUACUUAGGAUUGGCACCGGAUCCUAAUUACGCUAGCGGUGGGAUGGUGAAGCUUAGCUGGUUGAAAGAGAAAUUCUCUGUGUGUCCUGACGAUGCACCUUUUGAAGAUGUUGAGCACUGUACAAGAGCUUACCUUUUGUACUUAGUAGGGAGCACCAUUUUCUCUACAACCACUGGGAACAAAGUGCCUGUCAUGUAUCUUCCUCUGUUUGAGGAUUUCGAUGACGCUGGAACGUUUGCUUGGGGUGCAGCUGCUUUGGCUUUCUUGUAUAGAGCACUUGGGAAUGCUUCUGUUAAAUCCCAAAGUACUAUAUGCGGUUGCUUGACGCUGUUACAGUGUUGGAGUUACUAUCACUUAAACAUUGGAAGGCCAAAGCUGAAUCGUGAGCCAGUCCAUGAUCAUUUCCCGUUUGUGCUUAGGUGGAAGGGAAAGCAAAACGGUCCAACAGCGAACCGUGAUGUGGUCUUUUACCGGAAGGCACUGGACGUCGUGAAGCCAAUUGAUGUGGAGUGGCUGCCGUAUGAGAGCAUGGACGGUAGAUUCAUACCAGAGCAUAUUAGAAACUCUCUGCAGUUGGGAAGGUCGAAAACAAUGCUGAUAUCUUUUGACAAGGCGGAGAGACACAUGCCUGAUCGAUGCCUCAAGCAGUUUGGCUUGUUUCAAGGCAUACCGGAGGAUGUGCCAAGGUGGAUAAGAAAGUCUCGUGGAGUGGACGGAGGGGUUGACCUGUCGGUGAAGAUGGAAGCAGAGCUAAACGAAUGGGAGAUGCGUUGGGACAACAUUGUGCCUGAUGAUGUUCUUGGUGUUGAUGAGGCAGACUACAUGAGGUGGUAUCUUGGAAUCACCCGCAAAAUCGUUGGAAGGCCCAUCUCUCUCUCAAGCGAGUUUCAAAGAACGAUUUUGAAUGUGAGGGAUAUAUUGGAGCUGGCUGAGAAUUUUCCAACGCAUGAUUUGGAUCUUGAAAGAGGCAACAUGGUUUCACGGAUCAUCAGCCUUGCGCAAGAUUGCCUGAGAGAUCAAGUGGGAGUAAGUGUUGGUGGAGGGGAGACUCAGCAGCAGAUCGAACUCGGGAAGAGGAUGCGAGGUAAAGAGAGGGUGAGAAGGAAAGGGAUGGGGAAGAGAAGGAAAGGUAUUGAUCCAAUGGAAGACUAUGGAGGUAGUGAAGAUGAGUCACAGUUUGGACCUGUGGUUGAGGUUGAUCAGUUGCAUUUGCCACUUAGCCAUCACGCGGAUUCGGUCUACGAUGGAUCACAUAUGUACGACCCUGUAACCAAAGUCGAUGACAUGGAGCUUUGUGACAACAUCCCUCAGUUGCCAGACGUUCAAGACAUUAACAAGAUUGAUGGGUCAUUGCUAGACGACACAGAGAGGUCUCUUGAGGAGAGUAAGCUGCACGAAGAGAUUGGUGCAGGGAAUGUGAUGAUUGGUGAGGAGGAGACAGAGCUGCCUGAGAGCUAUGGUGUGAAGAAAGAAGAUAAAGAAUCAAAGGGUGAAGAUGGUGAUGCAGCGAAGGGUGUUAGUGAUGUGAGCGGUGAAGAAAAUGGGAACGGAGAGGAAGAAGAAGAAGAUGGAACAGACAUGGGAGAGAAUGUUGCAGAGUCGUCUUCACUUGAUAGAAGAGGAGAUAGCACUUUGUUGGCUUGA